GGGGCAGAGCUCUAGAGAGGCAGAUAGAGAGAGGGCAGAGGCAACGGCCCUCUUCUGGAGGGGAGGGGGGCUUAUUAUUAUAACAAAUAUAUACACACAUGUGUGGACUGUUUGGCCGCACGAUAGGUCAUAUGUGGAUAACAGUUAUUUUAGAAAAGCAUAUAACCGCGGCUUUACAUUUAAAAUGCCUAUUUUAGUUUUCCUGUUAGACACGUCCGCCUCUAUGAAUCAGCGCACUUAUUUGGGUACGACGUAUCUGGACGUUGCUAAAGGCGCGGUUGAGGUCUUUAUGAAGCUGCGUGCCCGAGACCCGGCUAGUAGAGGCGACAGGUACAUGCUAGUUACAUUCGAUGAUCCACCAUACGGAGUGAAGGCGGGCUGGAAGGAGAACCAUGCCACUUUCAUGUGCGAGCUGAAGAACCUGCAGGCAUCCGGCCUGACUACAUUAGGUCACGCUCUUCGCACAGCCUUUGACCUGCUUAACCUCAACCGCCUUGUCUCGGGAAUCGACAACUAUGGACAGGGCCGUAACCCAUUCUUCCUCGAGCCAUCUGUGAUCAUCACUAUUACUGAUGGCAACAAGCUCACACACAGCUCUGGGGUGCCAGAUGAGCUGCACCUGCCUCUGAAUUCCCCUUUGGCCGGCAGUGAACUGACCAAAGAGCCUUUUCGAUGGGACCAGCGUCUGUUUGCACUGGUGCUGAGGCUGCCAGGAGCUGCCACACCAGACAAUGAGCAGCUGGGCAGCGUCCCCACAGAUGAGUCUGCCAUCACCCAGAUGUGUGAAGUCACUGGAGGGCGAUCGUACUGUGUGCGAACGCAGAGGAUGUUGAACCAGUGUCUGGAGUCUCUGGUCCAAAAGGUUCAAAGUGGUGUUGUCAUUAAUUUUGAGAAGACUGGACCAGAUCCGCCGCUCAUUGGGGAGGAUAACUCUGUGGAGUCAAGCCGCCCCGUUUCAUCCUUCAGCCCACAGCCGUGGCACAGUUGCCACAAGCUCAUCUACGUGCGACCAAACCCAAAGACGGGAGUGCCAGUUGGACACUGGCCCAUACCAGAGUCCUUCUGGCCGGACCAGAAUUCUCCAACGCUGCCACCUCGCUCUGCUCAUCCCGUGGUGCGUUUCUCCUGUGUGGACUGUGAGCCCAUGGUGAUCGACAAGCUUCCCUUUGACAAGUAUGAAUUGGAGCCGUCUCCACUCACCCAGUACAUUUUGGAAAGGAAGUCUCCGCACAUGUGCUGGCAGGUGUUUGUUAACAGCAGUGGGAAACAGAACGACCUGGGACAGCCGUUUGGGUACCUUAAAGCCAGCACCACUCUCACCUGUGUUAAUUUGUUUGUCAUGCCUUACAACUUCCCGGUCCUUCUUCCACUCCUCGAUGAUUUGUUUAAAGUGCACAAACUAAAACCAAACCUCAAGUGGCGACAGGCCUUUGAGAUGUACCUGAAGACAAUGCCUCCCUACUACCUCCUGCCCUUAAAAAAGGCUCUGAGGAUGAUGGGUGCACCCAACCUUAUUGCAGACACCCUGGACUGCGGCUUGAGUUACAGCGUCAUUUCCUACCUGAAGAAGCUCAGCCAGCAGGCAAAAAUCGAAUCAGAGCGUCUGAUUGUGUCAGUGGGGAAGAAGGCUCCUCAGGAGACUGGCAUAAAGGUGAAGAACCACUCCAACUCCCUCUCUCUGGCCCACCGGCGAGAUUUUAAGCAGCUGCUGCAGGGAAUCACAGGGGAGGGUCCCCUUCGUCUGGUGGACAUAAACUUCAAAGAGUUUGCGGGCUUCCAGAUCGCCUUGCUCAAUAAGGAUGUAAAGCCUCAAGCUUAUCGGAACGCUUACGACAUCCCGAGACGAAACCUCCUGGAUCAGCUCACUCGAAUGCGCUCCAAUUUACUGCGGACGUCACUAAAACUGAUCCGAGGGCAGGACGAAGACUACCUGCACAGCAUUCCAGUCGCUCAGAUGGGAAAUUAUCAGGAGUACCUAAAAAUGAUGCCGUCUCCUUUGAGAGAGAUUGACCCCGAUCAACCUAAACGGCUGCACACGUUCGGGAAUCCUUUCAAGCAGGAUAAGAAGGGCAUGAUGAUCGAUGAGGCGGAUGAGUUUGUAGCAGGCCCCCAGAACAAGAAGAGAGGAAAUUCCAGCGAUUCCAACUCGGGUACGACCAUGAAGAGAAGACGGAGUAUGUCGCCGUUGCUGCGGCGGCCACAGACUCCACAGACUCCACCGGCGAACACCAACCAUGUGGUGGUUACGAAGAGUCCGGUGGUCGGUGUUCAAGGGCAGCAGAACCCCCUCAAAGCCAUCCCACAGAACAAAGGAGUAGACGGUAACAGUUUGGUGGUCGCUGAGAGUAACGGCAACAGCGUCCUUGGGCUGGACUCUGGGGAGAUCUGGCCUGCGGAGAUGGACAACGAGACAGAGAGUCCUUCUCCACUGAGCUUAGAGGAAAAGGCCGGCACCGGGGAAACGGAUCAGGCGGAGGAGGACAUCGACAUGACGGAGGAGAGACUGGAGGAAGAUCCUCUGGAGGAGCAGCCGCUGGAGGAGAAGCACAACUGCGAUCGUCUGAGUCCACAGAGUCAGUUCGAUGACAUAGAAGCCGACCCUGCGGUGCUUGAGACGAUAUUCAUAGCUCCGCUGGACGGCAACCAGGCAGAGCUGCGGACGAGGAUGAUCAAGGAGGUCCGCAAACCUGGAAGAAACUAUGAGGCAAUACUCAGACUACUGCAGCAGGUGAAAGGACCAGUGAAUGUACAACGGUACUUCAUCCAACAUGCUAUCAAAGAAGCCGUCAGGUUCAAGAAGCGGGUACUGAUCCAGCAGCUAGAGGCUGCUCUCACCGAGCUGGAGGAGAAACAAGCAGCGUCCUCACAGCUUCCCAAUGAUCACGGCAGGUAGUGAUGGGGCCAUGUUCGCUUUGUUACUGGAAAAAAAGAAAAGGGAGGACAUUUUGUCGAACGCUGGAUUAAAAAAAAAGGCUGGAUAGCCUUUCUUGACUGACCUCAAAGAGAUAAACUGUGGAACGGACCAAUUCACUGGUAGCAGAUGCUGGCGCUGUCUGGUCUGUGUGCUGUUACAUCACAUCCUGUCAGAAGCAGACAGAGCGCACGGGUUUAACUGGAGGAGGGGCCUUCAGGACAGAUCCACCGAGGAUGAGCAAAGAGACUUUAAAAAUAAUCCUCUUCAUAUUGACAGAUGCCUUAAACAUCCAUAUGGCUUUUAUCUGAAUGGGCACGUUGUUCAGUAGACACACACUCCAUUAGACAGAUAACACAAUAAGCCGACAGAUCCUUAGGUGAGCUAGGGGAAGGGAUGUAUUGCUACUCUUUUUUUAAAAAAAGAAAAAACAAAGACCUGCAUUCAGCUGGGCUGAAAAGUGUUACGUCUGCAACAGUUUUUAUGAGUGAUACAAUAUUGUGUAUUCAUGUAAAUUUAAGGUUGUUGGAAAGAAUCUGGUCCACACAGGCAGGCCCUCAUAUUUCAAGUGUUAUAUCUGAAAAAAAAAGAAAAAAUGCACUGAUUUAUUUUAUUAUUUUUUAUUUCUUCCACACUGGUACUGUUACCUAAUAUUUUCCUAUUUCUAGUGGUUGAUACUGACAUGCACUGGCAUCAGGGAUGGGCAAUAUUGCAUAAAAGGCCAUGAUAUAUACCUGUAAAGUUAAUGUAACUUCAACAGAGAUGAUGAAAUUGGUAUUUAUGGAUCACAUUCAUGCAAAAUACUGUUUAUCCAGUAUAGCCAUACUAAAGGUGUGGGUACCUCCUACGAAAUGUUACGGAGAAAUCUCAAAGAUCUCACAAUAAUGUUGCCAUAUUGCCCAACUCUGAUUGGUUUUGCACAACUUUUAAUAAUUACGUGGUUUUAAAGUUCACGUUUGGUCCAAUUAGAUGAGUUGGAAGCCAUAUGGACAUGAUCUGAAAAAACAAGCUUCUCACAAUAGUUCUUUUUAAAAGGGGAUUUUGAUGACCACCAGUAUAUAGUUGAAUCAGUGUUUUUGGGCGAUGUUGCACAUUUAUUGUCUUGAAACCUACACAAGAACAUCUCAGUCAAGACAGCGAUUGAGGAUCAGCGUCCUCUCACCUGCCAUUACAGCAAUAGAACACGGGUUCAGUGAAAGCAGCUGUUGGUUUCCAUUUAACUCAGCGUCCACGGCUCCACAGACGAUGAUCCCCAGCAUUAUGACUUUAUUCCAGUGACGUUCUGCAUCUGUCCAGGUUUCAGCCGACAGUCGCUUUUUGUUAAAACUGCUGGUAAUCUGUCUUCUGCUGCUUUUUACAUAAACCCAACUCCGCACUC